AUGGCGGUUGAUAAAUUGUGGAAAUCAGAGUUAUGGAAAUCAUGGGAUAAGCAUGGCAAAAAUGAUUACCUCAAGAUAUUCAAGAACGAAUUCACGAAAGGCAACACCACAGAAUGGCUACGAGGAUUAUACGAAUUGAUCUCAAACGGCAGCCAGGGGACUCUCAAAAAAGACAAUACCAUCGAUCCCAGCGUGGCGUCGGCAGUCGCGGACAUAUUUGCCCUGAUAGAUGCAGAAGUGGUCAACGACAACCGCAACAAUUUUUACUAUAUCGUAAAAGAAAGCGAAAAGUUUUUAACAGACAGAACUUUGAAGGAACGUCUUGAAAUUGAUACCCUCCAGGAUGUUGGUACUUUAAAGAACCGUAAUUUUCAAACAAAAUUUAUCAAAGUUAAAACUAAACUUUACUACAAGCAGCGUAAAUUUAAUUUGUUCCGUGAAGAAAGUGAAGGUUAUUCAAAACUAAUAGUAGAAUUAAAUCAAGAAAGAUCCCCGGAUCAAGUGAUAACAACAUUGGAGAUCGUAAAGUCCUUAAUUGGUUGCUUUAAUCUCGAUCCUAAUCGAGUGCUAGAUAUAAUACUCGAGACCUUUGAAAACAGACCGCAGGAUGACGCGUUGUUUAUCCCACUAAUAAGGUCAUACAUGAGCGACCACCAAGUACUGUGUGAAGUAUUGGGUUUUAAAUACGGCGGAAAUGUCGAAGCGACGCCUUUUUCCCUGCAGAAGGUCACUGCAUUGAUGCUCCAGCACGGAGUGAUAGACUUGGAUAACAUUUUACCGUGGCUGGUGCCUGACGACAAAGUGAUAAGAAAAGACCACGAGCAGACGAUGCGUCAAGCUAAAGAGUACGUAAGUAAAAUGAGCGUGAUAUCAACGAGGGACAAGGAAGAAGCUCCAGUGGAAGAAAAGGAAGUCAUUCCUGAUAAAUACACCGGCAAUCAAUGGUUCGGACUCUGCGAAGCUUUGCUUGAAAUCGGAGCUUGGGACGUGGCUCAUAAAUUGUUUAAUAAAUUACCCGACCACUGUAUGACUGAUCAACGACCUAUUGCACUUGCUCUGUGCAAAUUGAUCCAGUCUUUAAUCGAGCCGGUCUAUCGCAAGCACUGCGUUGUAACUCCGAAAUUACCCGGGCGUAAAAUUGAACCUCCGACGUCCAGGUUAGCUCCGGAGCCGAUGAAAAGCAUCGCGGAUCUUCAUGAUAAAUUGCUGCCUAUGUUGGUUAUUUUGGGACCUAAUUUACACCACGAUCCUAUUCUUAUGUACAAAAUAAUGAGGUUGUGUCACGUUGCUAUCAAAGAGUGUCCGCUGGACUCGGGCAAACAACCGCUCGAUAAAUCCAAUACUAUUUAUUAUGACAUAAUUACUAUUCUUGACGUUGCUCUGCUACCCUCACUAUCUUUCAUGGACUGCAAUUGCUGUGUCGCGGAGGAAAUGUGGAACAUUCUUAAGUACUUUCCGUAUCAAAAUAGGUAUUGUCUGUACGCAAGGUGGAAGAAUGAUACUCCUCUUCAGCACGCGGCUUUGUUGAGGAAACGUGCUGACGCUCAGAAAAAAAUCAAAGCUAUCAUGAAGCGCGUUAGUAAAGAGACUAUUAAACCUGUCGGAAGGUCUAUUGGCAAACUUACUCACUCGUCUCCUGGAGUUCUUUUUGAUUAUAUUCUUAUUCAAAUUCAACUUUAUGAUAAUUUGAUCGGACCUGUAGUGGAUUCACUUAAAUAUUUAACUAACAUUUCAUACGACGUAUUGGGCUACUGUCUAGUAGAAGCAUUAGCUGGUGCAGAUCGUGACAGAUUAAAGCACGAUGGCAAUAGUAUUUCACUUUGGCUGCAGUCCUUGGCGUCUUUCUGCGGCGCGAUAUUUAAAAAGUACAACAUUGAAUUGACCGGGCUGCUUCAGUAUGUUGCUAAUCAACUGAAAGCACAGAAAAGUUUGGAUCUGUUGAUACUCAAAGAAAUCGUCCAAAAAAUGGCAGGAGUGGAAGCUGCUGAAGAAAUGACCUCUGAUCAAUUAGACGCGAUGGCUGGUGGCGAUUUACUUAAAAAUGAAGCCGGCUAUUUCAGUCAAGUUCGUAAUACAAAAAAAUCAUCACUGAGACUUAAAGAAGCUCUCUCGGAAAAUGAUUUAGCUGUUGCUUUGUGUUUGUUGAUGGCGCAGCAAAAACAUUGUGUUGUUUACCGUGAAACUGACCAAUCUCAUCUCAAACUUGUUGGAAAACUUUAUGAUCAAUGUCACGAUACGCUCGUGCAAUUUGGUACAUUCUUAGGGUCUACACUAACAGUAGAUGAGUAUGUUGAAAAAUUACCAAGUAUUCAUGGAAUGCUUCAAGAUUAUCACAUCCAUGCUGAUGUAGCAUUUUUCCUUGCACGUCCAAUGUUUGCUCAUGCUAUCAAUAUGAAGUAUGACGUUUUGCGUAAAGCCGAUCCAAAUUACAAAAAAAUGUCUUCGGCGUUGAAGCAAUCUAAAUGGGCAGAAGCUGCUCAGAACGUAAUGGCACCCAUAGCACUGUCUGUUAGACCCCUACACCCUCUAAAAGUAUGGGAAGACAUUUCACCUCAGUUCCUUGUAACUUUCUGGUCCUUAUCCAUGUACGAUCUCUUUGUCCCCGCUGACAGUUAUCAUCGUGAAAUAACCAAGUUAAAACAGCAAGCUGCCAUAGUUGCUGAUUCUAAAGACAUGAAUGUUAGCAAAGGUAAAAAAGAACAAGAUCGUUACACUGCGCUGAUUGAAAAACAAGAAAAAGAUUCAUGGUUUUUAUCAAGAAGUGCUAAGUCUGCAAAAAAUGAAACAAUCACACAAUUCUUACAACUUUGUUUGUUCCCAAGAUGUACUUUCACAACUGUUGACGCGAUGUACUGCGCUAAAUUUGUUCAUACUAUCCAUUCACUCAAGACUGCUAAUUUUUCCACUCUUUUAUGUUACGACAGACUAUUUUGUGAUAUCACUUACUCAGUAACUUCUUGCACGGAAAAUGAAGCUAAUCGUUACGGACGUUUUCUCUGUGCCAUGCUUGAAACUGUAAUGAGAUGGCAUUCUGAAAAAGCUAUAUUUGAUAAAGAAUGUAGCAAUUAUCCUGGAUUUGUUACUAAAUUCCGAGUAAGUAAUCAAUUCUCGGAAGCUAAUGAUAUGGUUGGAUUUGAAAAUUACAGACAUGUGUGUCAUAAAUGGCACUAUAAAAUUACCAAGGCAAUUGUUGUCUGUUUAGAUUCGAAAGACUACGUACAAAUACGUAAUUCCUUAAUUAUAUUGAUAAAAAUUUUACCGCACUUCCCGGUACUUGCUAAAUUAUCACAAAUUUUGGAGCGAAAAGUUGAGAAGGUACGUGAAGAAGAACGCGGACAGCGACAAGAUUUACAUGUGCUCGCGACUUCGUAUUGUGGACAAUUAAAGGCGAAAGCGCCUCAAAUGAUUCGUGAAUCUGAUUUUCAUCAUGUUGGUGAUAAGGCGGGAAAAACGCAAGAAACUAGCAAUACUGAAGCUUCUGAAAAAACGACCAAUGGAGUUACUGCUAAAGAAGUCAGUAGCAAUGGAGAUACACGAGUUGAUAAAGACACUAAAGAUCAACGGGAUAAACGGACUCCAAGUCAAACUUACCAUGAUAGUACUGAAAAAACACGGAAGAAAGAAGAACCAAAAGAAGCGCCAGAAGUCAAAGAAAAGUAUGUAAAAAAAGAGGAAAUAAAAGAGGAUGAUACGACGGAUAAAAAAGAUCGAAAAUAUUAUAAAGAAGAUCAUUAUUAUAGUGGCGUUGAUAAUUUAGACCGUGAUCUUUCUAGUGUGUCCAACAGCAGCGCUAGCUCUGGUCAAGCUCAAGAUGGUCCCGAUCGAGAACCGAAAAGAAGAAAAAUAGAAAGCAUUCCUAAGGAAAGCAGACGUACGGAUAGCAGUAGUGAGAAAAAAGAGCGCUCUAGUAAGACGAAAGUUCGUGACGAGCAAAAAGAGUUGAGAAGGGAGAAGAAACUCGGCAGGAAAAGAGAUCGUACGGAUGACGCAGUGGCUGCAGCUGAACAGAAACGAAGAAAAGAUGAUGAUAGAGCUAAAGCUCAUCAAAAUGGAGACUUACCAGAACAUCGAGAAAAACACCAUUAUCCUAAAGUAGGAAAAAUCCCCGUAUGGAAAAGAACGUACCCAUGAACGCGAGGGCCGUGAAGGAAGAGAUAAACA